UUUUUCCGAUAAAUAUUAUCCAGUUCACAAGUAAUCAUGUCAGGCAAAUCGGAUUUCAAGAUUAAUUCUAAAUUUGCAGAGAAAUAUGAGAAAUAUAGACAAAAAGAAGAGUUACAAAGGCGUAAGUGUGACUUCCCAAGCUUGUUAGCUAGCUAGCUAGCUAGAUGGCUAGCUAGCCAGCCGUUUAGCUCAUGUUAGCUAAAGUUAUCCUUCUUUUCAACUUGCUUGCUAACUUUUGAUCACAUUCUCACUUGAAAGUAAUCUUAUUCUGUAACGUAUUUAACUUAUCUAAUUAUACGUUCAGAAGUUAACUUAGCCACCGUUACAUUUUUGGUUAUGACUAGGUCGCUAGCAUGUUCAGAUAGCUAGAAAUCUAGUUGUCUUGUUUUCCUGGGGGAAUGCUUGCAUUUCAUUGAAUGGCUUGUCAUGUUCAACAUUGAUUUAUUUCAGUGAAAGACAAAUAUGGCGACCAAGCUGACGAGAGUGAGUCUGGUUCUGGUUCAGAGUCAGAUGAUGAUAGCGAGGUGGUAAGUACUAUUACUGUAGCUAAUUAGCCUAGCUAUAUAACGUCAAGUUCACAAUGCCAACACUGCCAUGGUGUUCUAUUUAUGGUUUGUCAGUGUUUUUGGCCCUACCUUUGUGUCCUUGACCUGUAUAUUUGUAAUUCCAAUGCAGGCUAAUGUGUGUCUUCUUAGGAACUUGACCCCAAAGUUGAAAGGGACUUCUACAGAACAUUGUCUCUGCUGAAGAAGAAAGAUCCUAAGAUCUAUCAGACUGAUGCAAAGUUCUACACAGUGGAAGGUAUGUCAUCAGUCAGCGGUUCUUGUUGCUGCAACUGAUUAUGGUAUGACACUUUCAUUCUGUGUUGCUUGUUUGUUUUAAGAGGUGUCUUUCAUGUCUCAACUUUUCUUUCUUAAUCAGAUGCAUCCAUUGCUGAUGAUGCCGUGCCUUCAACUUCAAAGAAAACGGAGAAGCCAAUGUAUCUGAAAGACUAUGAGCGAAAAGUUAUCUUGGAAAGGGGAGGGUGAGUGAGUUGCAGUUUUCCUACUGUGCAUAUCUUUCUUUGUCUCAUUAUGGGCAAAUGGUUUGAUAAUAACAAUUUGUCUCAUUCCCAGUAAAUAUGAGGAUGAGGAGGAUGAGGAGAGUGAUGAUGAAGAGGCUGCAAAGAGGAGAGAGGUAUGUUAUGAUACAUUUACAUGGAGGUAUGUCAUGAGAAGUAAUUUAUUGUUUGCCUUUGAUUUCUUUGACAGAGAGCUGCAUCUCCAAGUUACAUCCAGGAGCAGAGAGAAUUGAAAGAGAGGUAAGGGUUCAAUUCUCUCUUAAUCACUGUGCCCUUAGUCCUAAAGAACAACUUUUAUUUAUUUGUGUCGUUUAUACCUGUCUUUGUAACAUAAACACUGUCAUGCUUCCUCCAGCUUCCGUAAGUUCAUACAGGACAGUGAUGAGGAGGGCAGUGAAGCGGAGAAUGACUUUCAGCUGCUGAAGAGGAGGACCAAAACACAGGAAGAGAAGGUCAGCGUGGGAACCGGAGCCCGACUUUGUCUUAUCUUACAGUAUAAAGCUACGCAGAGAUAAACGUUCUAUUCUAACCUGUUAUAUCUUUCUACCCAACAGGAUAAAGAGGAAGAUGAUUAUGUGGACUGGCUGAAAGGCCAGGCAGAGCUGGAGGGCCAAGAAGAGGUGCAGGACAUGGUGAGUGAUGGAGAGACUGUUGGAUUAGAGGGCUAGAGAGAGAUAUGUAAUGACUUGCUGUGACUGAAGUAUGUGCUGUGUGUUGAGACAGAAAUACCUGAGGGACUAUUGGAACGACCCAGAGCUGGAUGAGAAGGAGUGUUUCCUUAGGGACUUUGUCCUGAAUAAGGGCUACAUGGAGAAAGAUGACGAGGACAGGUGACAGUUAUUUUAUGUCUAUACAUUUGUCUGUUUUUUUGUUUUGCUCAUGAAUGCUUUCCUUUGUAAUCAUAGAGCAGUGCUCAGCACCACUCUGACUGUGUACUAAUCUGGCAUGGCUGUGUGCAGGAUCCCCAGCUAUGACGAGGUGGUGAAUGAUGACGUGGAGGACUCAGAAGAGGAUGGGGAGUCGUUCUUGGAGCGCCAGGAGGACUUUGAAAGACACUACAACUUCCGCUUUGAGGAGCCUGAUGCCCAGAAGGUGGACUUUCCUGUCUGUCUACACACACAUGUCUGUUUGUGUGGUGUAGUGUAUGUACCCUGGUCUCAUAUAGUCUCUUAUUGUUCCUUACAGAUCAAGACUUACCCCCGUACCAUUGCCACCUCUGUCCGCUCCAAAGACGAGCGCAGGAAGCUCAAAAGGGAGGAAGUGAAGGAUAGGAAGAAAAAGGUCAGACUCACAUUACUCUCCAUCUUUUAGUUCAUCUUAUCCAUCAAUCCAUCCCUUCCUCAUUUCCCCCACUCUCCCAACUAACCCACAUGUCACUCUUCUGGCCCCUGCAGGAGAAGGAGCAGAAGCAUGAGCAGCUGAAGCAGCUGAAGAAUCUGAAGCGUAAUGAGAUUAUGGAGAAGCUGCGGCGGCUGCAGGAGCUGACAGGCAACGAGCAGCUGGCCUUCAGUAAGGUGGACCUAGAGGGAGACUUUGACCCCCAGCAGCAUGACCAGCUCAUGCAGGUGACCACUCACACGCCUCAAGAAAGGAAACAUAUUUUAAAUAAAAAGACACUUAUCUUAUUGUCUCUCCCUCUAUUUUUCUUUUUUCAGAAAUUCUUUGGUGAUGAAUAUUAUGGAGAGGAAGAGGGGGAGAAGCCCCAGUUUGAAGUUGAAGAGCUAGAGGGUGGUAAGUCACUCGUUGCUGACUUUAUUCUCUCGUAGAAUCGAAUACCUUAGAAUCAGUGGCAUUGUAAUAAGGGAGCUUUCUCUGUCCUGCAGAACACUGGAACUGGGACACAUGGACAGGAGAGGGUGGAGAUGAGGAAUAUGGUGGUGAGGAGGAGGAGCAUGAAGGAGAAGAGUAUGACCAGCCAAACUGUGAAGAUCCAGAUUUUAUUGUGAGUUCCUCUAAUAUGAUCAUCACUUCAGCAUUGCCUGCAGACCUUCAAAAACGCAUUUAGGGGAGGCUAGUCAGAAAUAAAGGUCUUGUUGAUGAUGGAGAUGGUCAGGCUGUGACUCACUCAUCUGAACUCUCACUCGACCAGAUGGAUGCGGACUAUGAUCCCAGUCAGCCAAGCACCUCCAAGAAGCAGAAGAAAAAGGAGAAGAGGAAGAUGAAGAAGGAGGAUGCCCCGCUGAUGGGAAAGAAGAGAAAGAAGUCUCAUUUUGCUGAGGUCAUCACCCAAAACAAGCCUGUGUUUGACCCCCGUGAGUCUCAGGAGGUUCAGCACCAUGAACCUUGGGUUAUUUUCCAUACCCUUUUAGAUUCUGUUCGAUAUAGUAUACAGAUAUUGAGACUGAAUGCUCUUUCAUGCAUCCAUCCUUUGUGUGUUUCAGAGGAGAAGUCAUUUGAGCAGUACCUGGACGAGUACUAUAAGCUAGACUAUGAGGACAUCAUAGACGACAUCCCCUGCAGGUUUCGCUACAGGCAAGUCCUGGCCAAUGACUUUGGCCUGUCCACUGACGAGGUGAGACGGGGAGCUCUAGUUCGUACUAGGUUGUCUCGGGGUUGGGGUCAAUUCCAGUCAAUUCAGGAAGUACACAAAAAUUCCAAUUAUUUUCCAUCCUUUUCAAUGAGGAAAAUGUUGAAUUUGGUAAACUUUUUUGAGGUGACUGGAAUUGAAAUAGAAUUGACCACAACCCUGGGUUGUGUUAUAGUGUUGUACUGUACAGACCCUGAGUCCUGCACUGAUGAACUGAGAUGUGACUGACCUGGUAUUGCCACCCUCCGGGGAUGGCUCUGACCAGGGCAUGACUUCAGUUAAUCUUCUCUCUGAGCAGACGAGGAUGAGGAGACAGAACGCUAGAAAGGGCAAUGCUUGUAUGCACUGCGUUAUCAACUUGCAUGGAGCCUUAUCUGCACAAAUUAGGUUUGAAGUAAUUUCUGUGGAUUUAGCGUCUUUGUUUAAAGUGGCUGUAUGAAUAUGUUACUAUUACAGAAAGUAACUUGUGCCUCCCUCCUCAGAUCCUGGGAGCAGAUGAGAAAGAGCUGAACCGCUGGGCCUCGCUAAAGAAGACCUGCAUGUUCAGGUACUGAACCUGGUCUCAAAACAGUAGGCCUUUACUAAUCAGCUACCUAUGGGGGAAAAUGGCCUUUCAGAUUAGUCCUUUUAUAUUUUUUUCUUCAUCUCUUUUUCAGGUCUGAUAAGGAGGAGAUGAGUGAUUUGCAGAACUACAAAAUCAAAUCACGAAAUGUGAACAAAAAGAAAGAAGUCUUGAACUCUUUCUAUGCUGAGUGAGUAUUCUACCAAAUGCAGAUUAUGUUCUCCAAUAAAUCUGAAAACGGAAUCAUCAUCACUGACCAAUUUGUGCUCAUCUUUUCUUGCAGGGAGGACAAAGAACAAGCAGAGGGCAAGACCAAGGUGGGUAAGAAGAGAAGAGACAGGAUGAAGAAUGCAGAGAAGGAUGACAAGGAUCUGGAGGAUGAUGAUGAGGCUGGACCCAGUCAGGAAAGCUCUGCAUUGGACUCUGCUGAGGGGACGUUAGUCCAGGCACUGAGAGAGGCAGGAGACCAGGCAGAGGAAGAGGAGUUCCUGGUACCAAAAUCCAAGAAGAUGAAACUGGAGGAGGAAACAGUUGCUACCACUCAGGAGACUGCCAACACAAGGACUGAAAGGCCAAAAUUGCCCAAGAAGAAACACAGGCACCCAGGAAGCCGCCUCAUGUCGGGGAAGGGGCCCUUCAGGGUGAAAAUGGGUGGGCGAGAGUUCAGCGGGCAGAGACUGAGGGCCUAUGGACUGAAUCCCAAGAGGCUGCACUUCAGACAGCUUGGCAGGCAGAAACGAAAAGCUCAAGAGAAGACUGAGAAGCAAGGGAGCAAGGAGUGAGGGAGAGAUCGGCACCAUUAUGAUUUAUUUCCCCUUAUAUUUUUGUGGUUUGCGGAGUACGGUUGGUAAAGUGACAAAUUGCACAAUAUAUAUGGACCAGAGAACAGUAUGGUUCUUAAUAAAUCAAAGUUGAAUGAGCUUACAAUAGCAUUGGCACUGAUACAGUGAGGGGGAAAAGUAUUUGAUCCCCUGCUGUUUGCCCACUGACAAAGACAUGAUCAAUCUAUAAUUUUAAUGGUAGGUUUAUUUGAACAGUGAGAGACAGAAUAACAACAGAAAAACACGUCAAACAUUUUUAUAAAUGUAUUUGCAUUUUAAUGAGGGAAAUAAGUAUUUGACCCCUCUGCAAAACAUGUAGUACUUGGUGGCAAAACCCUUGUUGGCAAUCACAGAGGUCAGACGUUUCUUGUAGUUGGCCAUCAGGUUUGCACACAUCUCAGGAGGGAUUUUGUCCCACUCCUCUUUGCAUAUCUUCUCCAAGUCAUUAAGUUUUCGAGCCUGACGUUUGGCAACUUGAACCUUCAGCUCCCUCCACAGAUUUUCAAUGGGAUUAAGGUCUGGAGACUGGCUAGGCCACUCCAGGACCUUAAUGUGCUUCUUCUUGAGUCACUCCUUUGUUGCCUUGGCCGUGUGUUUUGGGUCAUUGUCAUGCUGGAAUACCCAUCCACGACCCAUUUUCAAUGCCCUGGCUGAGGGAAGGAAGUUCUCACCCAAGAUUUGAUGGUACAUGGCCCCGUCCAUCGUCCCUUUGAUGCGGUGAAGUUGUCCUGUCCCCUUAGCAGAAAAACACCCCCAAAGCAUAAUGUUUCCACCUCCAUGUUUGACGGUGGGGAUGGUGUUCUUGGGGUCAUAGGCUGCAUUCCUCCUCCUCCAAACACGGCGAGUUGAGUUGAUGGAAAAGAGCUUGAUUUUGGUCUCAUCUGACCACAACACUUUCACCCAGUUCUCUUGAAUCAUUCAGAUAUUCAUUGGCAAACUUCAGACGGGCCUGUAUAUUUGCUUUCUUGAGCAGGGGGACCUUGAGGGCGCUGCAGGAUUUCAGUCCUUCACGGCGUAGUGUGUUACCAAUUGUUUUCUUGGUGACUAUGGUCCCAGCUGCCUUGAGACCAUUGACAAUAUCCUCCCGUGUAGUUCUGGGCUGAUUCCUCACUGUUCUCAUGAUCAUUGCAACUCCACGAGGUGAGAUCUUGCAUGGAGCCCCAGGCCGAGGGAGAUUGACAGUUAUUUUGUGUUUCUUCCAUUUGCGAAUAAUCGCACCAACUGUUGUCACCUUCUCACCAAGCUGCUUAAUGAUGGUCUUGAAGCCCAUUCCAGCCUUGUGUAGGUCUACAAUCUUGUCCCUGACAUCCUUGGAGAGCUCUUUGGUCUUGGCCAUGGUGGAGAGUUUGGAAUCUGAUUGAUCGCUUCUGUGGACAGGUGUCUUUUAUACAGGUAACAAACUGAGAUUAGGAGCACUCCCUUUAAGAGUGUGCUCCUAAUCUCAGCUCGUUACCUGUAUAAAAGACACCUGGGAGCCAGAAAUCUUUCUGAUUGAGAGGGGGUCAAAUACUUAUUUCCCUAAUUUAAAAUGCAAAUCAAUUUAUAACAUUUUUUACAUGCAUUUUUCUGGAUUUUUUUGUUAUUCUGUCUCUCACUGUUCAAAUAAACCUACCAUUAAAAUUAUAGACUGAUCAUUUCUUUGUCAUUGGGCAAACGUACAAAAUCAGCAGGGGAUCAAAUACUUUUUUCCCUCACUGUAGUUGCUAGUUUCUGCUAUUUUACUGAGCGCCCCUCCAGGUUAACUGUGCUUUCAAUUGUAUAUUUUAAUAUAUUUUGUAUUUUAUUCCUGGAAACUAUCGGAUAAGCUUGAACAACUCUUGGAACAAUUGUGAUUUACUUGACUGUAUUUCGCAAACUGCAACACAAUUGUAAUACAUUUUGUGUACGCCUACUGUCUGUUGUUUUUGGUCUACCUGUUCUUGAGAAAAAAAAUGGUUCCCUAAAAUGAACACAUUUUGUCCAGAAAUAACCUCUUCGGAUUGAAAGGGGAUUAGCCUACCUAUUUCACCACACAACCGAAGUUCCAUCAAAGAGAGAAUGGAUACUUUAAAUCAUUGGUUCCCAACCAGGGGUACUAUGACCCAUAGGGGUACUUGAGAAGAAUAGACCAUAGGCCUACUGGUAAAAUGCAAAUGAGGGGGUACUCUGGG